UGAGGUGUCCAAGCCGGAUCCUCCAACCUGCCCCAGCUGCUCUAAAAUGGCAGAAGAAAACAGGAGGCUUUGGAAGCAGCUUCGGACAAAGGAGAAGUGGCUAAAAAAGGCAAAAGCUAAACUCCACGCAUUCGAAACGCAGGCCCUCCAAAAGACGAGCGGUGGGGGGCCUGUCGAGGCAGACCAGGGGUCAUCCGAACAAGUGGACCCCCCAGAAGAUGAGGAUGAAGACUCAUCCUCUGAGGAGCCAAAGAAGGCUGCAAAAUCGCGAUUCCCAUUGAGGGGAUUCAAAGAUUUUCCUCAACCCAUCCUGGAGUUCAUGGAGGAGUACUGGUUACACUUGAGGGGGUCCAUCGGGACCAAAAAACACGUGGAAAACCAGAAGUCCAAAUUGGGACGGGUAAUGUCCUUCCUUAGAUUUGUGAACAAGGGAAGGACAAUACUCCCCAAUUGGACUUUUCUGCAGGACCUUGAUCGAGUUCAUCAGUGGCCGGCGAAGCUCCUCAGAGAGGGGAAGGCAGAAAACACCACUAGGAAUUACCUCCUGAAUGUGAUGGAGUUCGCGGGCUACUUUCGGGACACGCCACCAAGCACCUCGCGUGUCCCGAAAAAGGCAGUGAUUGGCCUCCUAAGAGCAGUGUCCGCUGAUAUUAAAGAGCUUAAGAAAUGGGUCAACGUCCGCCAGAUAAUGGUCAAAAAGCGCAAGAUCAGAAGGGUGAUUGCCAAGGAGGACCUCAGGAGGUGUCAGAGGCAGGCGUGCAGGAAAAUCCCCCAACUGCUCGACACCAUCCAGACUGACCCCAGCUCACUCAACAUACGCCGGUUCUAUGGCUACUUUAGGCGUAUACCUCGCCAGUAUAUAUGGCCAUAG